GAGGCAUUAAUUUUAUCCUAGCCUGGAGUGGAACGGUUGGUGCAUACUUAAUCAAAGAAUGGGUGGUUUCAAAUUCGGAUUUUGACUAUGAGCCAUUAGAUGAAGUGGAACCUUCAACAUCCAACAUAGAAUCAGAAAGAAGAGAACAAAUGGAAGCCUCAACAAUUAUCACAGAACCAGAAACGUCCAUCACUGAAACAGAAAGAGAUAGCGGGUCAUUAAGAAUAACCCCUGUUUUAGUUUACAUUGCUAUUUUAUUCUUAGUAAUUGGAUACGGAUCUACCAGGAUUUCGUUAGCUUAUGUGCCAUUCUAUCAGAAAGGCAUUGAAUCAUUGGCCCCUGUUAAUUUGACAAAAGUUGGAUGUGUUGUUAAGGCCGUGGACUUUGAUCGUGAAAAUUCUUAUUACGUGGACAGGACUAGAGAUCUGGCCUCAAAUGGUAUCAAGUUCAUCUUAUGGUCUGAAGCAACAGCUAUCGUUAGUAAUAAAAAUCAACUCGACAACCUUUCAGAUAGUAUUAAAAAUGUUUCUCGCACAUUUAACGUUUAUGUUGGAUUUACAUACGUUGAUUCGUCUUCAACAAGCGGAAAAAUUUAUAACAAAUUGACUGUUAUUUCGCCUACCGGUGACGUUUUGAUAGAUUAUGCUAAAGCUAAUUUAGUGCCUUUCGUUGAAGAUGGGUUGAGUCCCGGAGAAAAUGUCUUGCAAACAUCUGUUACGCCAGAUUUUGGGACCAUUGGAGGUGCCAUUUGUUUCGAUUACAACUUUCCCAAAUUAAUUGGUCAAGCUUCUACACAUAGCGUUGAUUUGAUGCUCGUUCCCAGUUGGGACUGGG